AUGAUAAGCGACCAAAUGCCUCCAAAUGUGCUUUUCUUCGAAAUUGAAAUUAUGGAGAGUUUCCUCAUGUUUAUUAACAACAUUUUUAGGAAUGCUAAUAACAUCAUCAAUUUUAACGACAGAUUUAUGACAGCUAAUUUUCUUCUGCUACCGAUCGUCAGCCAUAAAAAUACAAUUCAUGACGAUAAUUGGGUCUUUGGCGAAUGCACAGCACAAGAACAUAAAAAUGUUUAUAUUGGAGGAAGAACUUUAUCAUCGAUGGCUUUGAAUGAACAUCUGCUCAAUAUAAAUGUUUGGAACUGUAAAAAUUCCAUGGUGAUCGAGCUGGUUAAGGUGGUAGAGCCCUUUGAGAUGUUGAACAAAUAA